AUGAGCGAGCAAGCGCAGGAAUCACUGCCGCCGCUAACGCCAGGCUACCGUGAACUCCUGGUACGUCUGUUGCUAGCGUCAACAGCGGUUGCGACGCAGCCGUCAACAGCGCUCGAGUCGACGCAGUACCUGGAGCGCUUGGAAGCUGAGCACCCUGGACUAUUUGUCCACGGGCUCUUGGAGCUUGCGCUGGACACGAGUGGAGCGCUAGACCUCCGCGUCCUGAGUGCGAUCUGUGCGAAGAAUGCGGUAACAAGGCGCUGGUCCCACUACAUUGCUCAGCGUGUCUCCGACAGGGAGCGUCACCGGGUUCAUCAGUUCCUCUGGCGAGCACUGGACUCUACCGAACAGCCCAUAUCACGAGUGAUACUUGAGGUUACUGCGGUGGUGGCUCGUUACGACUACCCCAAAGCAUGGAUCAACUUACCCGAACAACUACUCGCGUGGUGUCCAGCCACUGCCCCACUCGAAAGACAAUACCGCUGGCUCGUGAUUGUGAACCACAUCUGGAAGACCUUGAGCCGUCAUCGAAGUCGUUCCCAGCUUGAACAUGUGAGCGUUAUGGCACGUUCAUUAUGGCAUCGCCUGGUCGACCUGUGGUUCCGUUUGUGGAACCAGAACCUCGCAGCGUGGUUGCCUGGACUCGUACCGGCACCGGCGAGUUGCUUCUGGCAGCCAAGUGCCGACCAGCUCGACCUCUGGUUGGACUGCGUCCGGGAAAACCUAAAAGGACUACGACGUCUAGUAGCGCAGGAGGUUUUCCAGGGUCCAGACGCCAGCACGCUGAUAGCGUUGCUGCAGCAUUGUACACAUGUAGAGCGAUGCCUCGCUGGUGUUGUUGGGCAUGCGGCUGCUGCGCGUCUGCGGUAUCUAUUGAUCAAGUUCAAGUACAUUUGCUUUACGAAUCACCGCUCUAUCGAGGAUUUUCCUCUUUCCAUGUUGUUACCUUGGAGCGAAGACAUUUGUGCGAUGCUCUUACAGGUACCAGAGAAGCGCGAGCGCUCAGAUGCGGCGCUCGACGAGUCCAACGAACGUCGCAGCCUCUACGCAAUGCGCUUUCUCCGAGACAUUCUCGGCGAACUGCGGGAUCUGGAAACCGCUGAUGAUAUCGAAGAAGCCUGUCUAGCUGCCUGUGGCGAUAUCGGUGCACAGCGCGCACUCGAGGAUCGGCAUCAUCCGGUAUGGACGACGCUGCAGGCACUGGUGAAGGCACAGUACGCAGCGCUGACUUGUGCCCUGCUCGAUCGCUUUGUGCGACUCUCGGCGACGGAGCUGGCCACCUGGCUAGAGCGUCCCGCUGCUGCAUGCUACGACGAUGAGGAAUCGGAAUGGAACGACGAUCAGAUGCGUUCACUGGCGGAACAAGUGUGUGCAGCGCUGGCCGCCAUUGAUGCGGAUGCCUUUGUCACCACGUUGUCUGCCCGAAUAGGCGCCUUGCGAGCUGUACAUGACUGGCUCGGCAUUGAGGCUGCUUUUCGUGUCCUGGGACGUGCAAUAUCCACGCUGGGCGACGCCCUGGACACCAGGGCGCUCCUAGAGUCGAUGCUGUACCCGCUGCUGCAGAGCGAAGGCGCUGAUGCGGCGGAGCUGUUCCUGCAGGCUCGUACUGCAAUCCUCACGGGUCAGUGCGGUGAGCGUCUCCCGAAAGUGGAUCGUUGUCGGUUGUACGGGGCGUUGGUCUCAAAACUCGGGGACGUGGCGUCGCCAGCGCACCUGGUACGCGCCUUCGGAGCCGCACGCGGAUUGCUGAUGUUGCUCUGUGAUCUCGGAUUCUGUGCGGAUGACUUUUGCCCUUAUUUACCGGAUGCGAUGACUCAUGUUUUCACGCUGAUGGAAGCAUGUACGGAGGAGCCGAAGUCCAUGUCGCAGCUGCUGGAUCUGGUCGUUGUUCUAGUAGAAUCUUGCCCAGGCGCGUUUUUCGACGUGCACGACACUGAGAGCAUGAUCUCUUGGAUUAGUGUUCGCCUGUGUGACGUUAUGGAGCGGCUCUUCUUCGGUGGACACGACGACGGAACCCUGCACCUGGUGCGUUGCCAGCUGGUAGCGCAUCUGACACGCCUUCUUGCCGCUGAUCGAGGCGGGGUGCUUGCACGUCAACCAGCCGUCAUAGCGCUGGCGUUAAGGAUGAUCACGUUUGGCAUCGGCUACGGGAGUGAUGCCUCGACAUACCUCAUAGAUGAUGCAUUCGAGUUGCUUCAUCGCGUGCUGCUGGUGGCUUCCGAAUACGACGUAGUACUGGAUCGCCUAUUUUACUCUGUCAUGGAUUGGCUCGGAAACGGUGACCUGCUGCGUCCAGUGCUUCGGGUUGUACGCGCCUACGCCAUGCUCGGAGGCUGUGUCUGGUAUGCUCGGCACGCUGGAGCGCUCGCUGGACACUUUGGCAACCUCUAUGCUUCGGGAUUGUCGGAUCGAGUUGUCGCAGAGCUUUCGGAGCUGCUGCUUGCUUUGUUCGCCUGUGCAGAUGACGCAGAGCGAUUUCACAAAGACUUUGGGAUCCUGCUCGGUGCACUGGAGAAGGAUCUCCACGCUGGUCAGUUUGGUUGCGGCCCGCGAGCGAGCAUCGCUGUCCUUCUGGCUACUGCUCUGCGUGACCAUGUGCUGAUGGAUGAUGAUCUCGCGAGGAUUUUCCUCGAAGCGGCUGCGGUGACGUUCUCGACGACCCAGCGAGCGCGCUUGGCUCUGCUCUUGGCCAAAUACUUGGACGCGCAUGAGGGCCAGCAUUGUUUGCAUAGAGAUCGCAUCCUGCGGCUGCUACGACAAGUGCAUCGUGAACUUGGCGAGGACUCGACCCCCGACGAUGAUCUGUCGGCACACAAUGGCGAUGUGGAGCACGUUUCCGGUGUACCUGGGGACACGGGCCUGCUUCCAGAUUGUACAGCGCAGGACAUACGUGGUGAAUGGAAUCGCCUUGUUGAACGACUGCUCGCUAGACACAUGUCAGAUUAA